AAACCCUUCACGUCUCACAUUUCUGGUUUUCUUUUUCUUUUUUUUUUCAGUCCACAGCGCCUUUCUUUCUUUCUUUCUUUCUCUGCUUCUACUAAGCUACUGCUACUACUGCUACUACUACUACCACCAAAAGUACUUAUAUCACACAACACUUACAAACACUAUGACCAAAGCCGUCGGUAUUGAUUUGGGCACAACCUACAGCUGCGUAGGCGUAUGGCAGAACGACCGCGUUGAGAUUAUUGCCAACGACCAAGGUAACCGCACCACUCCCUCGUAUGUCGCCUUCACUGACAGCGAGCGUCUCAUUGGUGAUGCCGCAAAGAACCAAGUUGCUAUGAACCCACACAACACCGUGUUUGACGCCAAGCGUCUCAUCGGUCGUCGUUUUGCUGACCAAGAAGUCCAAUCUGACAUGAAGCACUGGCCCUUCAAGAUCAUUGAUAAGGGAGGCAAGCCCGUGAUCGAAGUCGAACACAAGGGUGAAAAGAAGGAAUUCACACCCGAGGAAAUCUCGUCCAUGGUCUUGAUCAAAAUGCGCGAGACCUCCGAAGGCUACUUGGGUAGCAAGGUUGAGAGUGCCGUCAUCACAGUACCUGCUUACUUCAACGACUCGCAGCGCCAGGCUACCAAGGACUCUGGCUCCAUCGCCGGCUUGAAUGUGCUGCGUAUCAUCAACGAGCCCACCGCUGCUGCCAUUGCCUACGGUCUUGACAAGCAAACCAAGGGUGAACACAACGUGCUCAUCUUUGACUUGGGUGGUGGUACCUUUGAUGUCUCCCUGCUUACCAUCGAAGAAGGCAUCUUUGAAGUCAAGGCCACGGCAGGCGAUACACAUUUGGGUGGCGAAGACUUUGACAACCGUUUGGUCAACCACUUCAUCCAAGAAUUCAAACGCAAGUUCAAGAAGGAUAUUUCCGGCAACGCACGUGCCGUCCGUCGUCUCCGCACUGCUUGUGAGCGCGCAAAGCGCACCCUCUCGUCCUCUGCCCAGACCUCGAUUGAAAUCGACUCUCUCUUUGAGGGCGUUGACUUUUACACGUCGCUCACGCGUGCCCGCUUUGAGGAAUUGAACCAGGACUUGUUCCGUCAGACCAUGGAGCCUGUCGAGAAGGUCCUGCGCGACUCAAAGAUCGACAAGGGUUCUGUCCACGAAAUUGUCUUGGUCGGAGGUUCCACCCGUAUCCCCAAGAUCCAAAAGAUGGUUUCAGAUUUCUUCAACGGCAAGGAGCCCUGCAAGUCCAUCAACCCUGACGAAGCCGUUGCGUACGGUGCCGCAGUCCAGGCUGCCAUUCUCACCGGCGAUACCUCCGAAAAGACCGACUCCUUGCUUUUGCUCGAUGUCUCACCGUUGUCUCUCGGUAUCGAGACCGCUGGCGGUGUCAUGACCGCCUUGAUCAAGCGCAACACCACCGUCCCCACCAAGAAGUCAGAAAUUUUCUCAACCUAUGCCGACAACCAGCCUGGCGUGUUGAUCCAAGUCUACGAGGGUGAACGUGCCCGUACCAAGGACAACAACUUGCUCGGCAAGUUCGAACUCACCGGCAUCCCGCCUGCUCCUCGUGGUGUGCCCCAGAUUGAGGUCACCUUUGAUGUCGAUGCCAACGGUAUCUUGAACGUCUCGGCUGUCGACAAGACCACCGGCAAGUCUAACAAGAUUACCAUCACCAACGACAAGGGUCGUCUGUCCAAGGAAGACAUUGAGCGCAUGGUUGCCGAUGCCGAAAAGUACAAGGCCGAAGAUGAGGCUGCUGCUUCCCGUAUCCAGGCCAAGAACGGCUUGGAAUCCUACGCCUACAACUUGCGCAACACCCUCAGUGAAGAGAACGUCGCUAGCAAGCUCGAGGCGGACGACAAAGAGAAACUCGACAAGGCCAUCACAGAAGCCAUCGAGUGGCUCGACAACUCUCAAGAAGCUAGCAAGGAGGAAUACGAGAGCAAACAAAAGGAAUUGGAAGACACUGCCAACCCAAUCAUGCAAAAGCUCUAUGCCCAAGCUGGUGGUGCUGGUGGUAUGCCUGGUGCCGGCGGCAUGCCAGGUGGUGCUCCAGGCGGUGCUCCAGGCGGUGCUCCAGGUGGCGGUGGCGACAACGGCCCAACUGUCGAGGAAGUCGACUAA